AUGUCUCAAUUCCGCGCGGCCAAGCUCGACAUUGGAUGCUUUGCCAAGAUUCGCAACAUCCGCGACCACACAAAGCGGAAGGUGUACUCUGAGAAUGAGCCCGAACGGCAAGCCCUCCGAUACAUCAUUCGCAACACCACUCUCCCGCAACGAGUCCGCGCGCAAGCCCAGCUUCAGCUCUCACAGAUGCACUGCUACACACGCUACACACAGAUCAAGAACAGGUGUAUAAUGGGAGGCAAGGGCCGUGGUGUCUUUAGCGACUUUAGGAUGGGAAGAUACCAAUUCCGAGUAAAUGCCCUCGCUGGAAACCUACCGGGUGUGAAGAAAGCAAGCUGGUAG